CGAGGCCACAACGUCAAGAAGCACACCAGCAAAUACAUCAGCAUCCACAUCACAACUCCAUCAAACUUCACAAUGUCAGCAUGGAGCAUAUGGGCUACUGGAAGAUACUACAGCCACCGCUCAGCCAGUAAGCUUCCUUGUCGCUGGCUGCUCAGGGAACGGGAAAAGCGAACUGGCCAAUGCUAUCAUUGGACACAAAGGUGCAUUUCGUGUCAGACGAAACCCACGCGAUGGUACACAGACAGCCAAAGGAAAGUGUCUUCGCCGUCGAAUCAACAAUGGCGUCUGGGAGAUGACCGUCAUAGACACACCGGGUAUAUCUAAAGAAAUGACAGAGGCACAGUUUCACGAAGUUGUGAAUGGUGUAGAGUUUUCUCUUCAUGGCCUGGAUGCUAUCAUCUUAACCUGGUCUUACGUGAAAUCAUACGACAAUGAAGAAAGAGAAUAUUGUGUAUUUAAGUCCUUGCAUCGGUUGUUUGGCAAUGGCUUUCUCAGUCGCCUUGUUAUAGUAAUAACCAGUGCAGAUGACAUCACGAUGUCAGAAUCUGAAAUCUUAGAAGGGCUUCCUGAAUGCAUGAAGGAAAUCUUGCAGCACAGUCAGGGUAGGGUUCUGUUAAUGAGCGACACCUACGACGAGAGAACUGUACUGCAGCAAACAUCUAAACUGAUCGACAUGUCUUUGAAACUGACCGAGAAAAACGGCUCAACCUACACGUGCAACGAUCUGUCACCAAAAUGUCAAAUUCCACAAGGAAAAGACAUUAGAGUCGCCAUGCUAGGGAAAACUGGAGCAGGCAAAAGUAGUACUACGAACAGUAUUCUGGGAUAUCCCGCGUCUACAGUGUCUUGCAGCAUGUCGUCAGAAACGAAAGACUGUUUGUGUUUUACAAGAGACAAAGGAGACCGUAAGAUUUCUGUCACAGACACACCGGGAAUACUUGACACAGGCUGCAGUGAUGAGGACACCGCAACUCUUUUGACUGAAGUAGCAACGAAGUUCCCAAAUGGGCUACAUGCGCUGCUUCUUGUAGCAAACCAUACCAGGUUCACAAAAGAGGACGCUUUGGCGGUAGAGCUUUUGAGACAUGUAUUUGGCGAGAGAUUUCUCCAGUAUUCUGUCAUGGUGGUCACUGGUAUGGAUGUCAUAGAGGCAGACGAAAGAGUGGCAAACAAGCAGGCCUAUCUCAGAAACGCACCUCGACAAUUGCGUGAGAUACUAGAGGAAUGCGGUAACAGAUGCGUAUUCUUCAACAACAAGACAAAAGAAGAGACGCUACGAAGAACUCAACUGUGGAAACUCUUAACAUUGGUGGAGAAAACAGUUGAGAUCAACGGUGGACCGUACAGAGACGCCCUCUUCCGGAAAGAGGAAGAGGUGCGGGAGACAACCACGCCUAGCAGAUGUAAUGCAGUUGUAGACAGUAUUGCGGAAGGAACAACAAAAGGCACAGAACACUGGCAUGUCAUAUGGAAGAAAAUCCUUGAGCUCAUCAAAGGUUGGAGAAAGUCUAGGAAGGUUAACCCUAUAAAUAUGAACCAAGUACAAAAUGUGUGA